AUGAAGAAAGCUCACAUGGCGGUUGAUGGGGUGUCUCUCUCAAAAAAAGUGUUAGUGUUCUGUCGUCGGACAAAAAGGUUUAGGGAAAUUCGUGAAAAUGACCAUCUAAGAUGGUCGGCAGAGGGUACGAUGGAGAAUUAUAAAAGGAGUUCUGUAACUUGUAUAGGAGAAGAUAGAAUCAAUAACUUGCCAGAGGACUUGGUAGACUCAAUUUUAGAGCGGGUCCCAUUUGAAGAUGCUGUAAGGACAAGCAUUAUAUCUAAAACAUGGAGGUAUAGAUGGACAGAAAUACGGGCUCUGGUUUUUGAUAAGACGUUUUCAAACAAAUUUGCAAAAAAUGAAGCUUUUGGUCAUAAUGAGUUUAUAAAGAUCAUAAACCAAGUCUUGACCCUUCACAAAGGUCAUAUCUUGAAAUUUCAUCUCCAUAUACCAAACAUGUCUGUUGAUAGCUUCCAAGAAGUCGAUCAAUGGAUGCUACUCUUAUCAAGAAAUGGAGUCAGGGAACUCAUUCUUACUAGUUCAAAUCAACGUUAUGAACUUCCUUCUUAUGUGUUUUAUUGUCUUGAGUUGACAAAGUUGGAACUGGAAAAUUGUUUCUUUAAGCCACCACUUGAGUUUGAAGGAUUUCUCAACCUUGAAAAACUUCUUCUGAAGGAUAUUGAUUUUGGGGCUAACUUGUGUGGAACUAAGAUGAACCUACCACAGCUAAAGACGUUGUCCCUGUAUUCAUGCACAAAUGUCUACAAUUUCAACAUCAAGGCUACAAAACUGAGGAAUUUAACUGUCAUUGCUUGUCCUGAUGCCAUGUUGGCCACAUUGUUAAGUAACUUGACCAAAAUUCGUUUUUUUUAUAUCGAUGCUCAGUUCCUCAAGAUGUUUACUGCAGAAAAUAUUCCAAAGUGGUUUCCGCAUCCAGUUAAUAGCUUAAGGCAUUUGUGGUUCGGAAAAUUUCAAUUUGGGGACUUGGAUCAGCUUCAUGGUGUUCUUUGUUUGCUUCGGAACUCACCAAAUCUUAAAACACUGACUAUGAACUUGGAGAUGGAGCCUCAAGCUGACAUCGGGCCUGCGUCAAGUAUUUUGAAAUCUCCAAACUCCUUGGACUAUAAAUUGUGUCGAUUGAAAACUGUGGAGAUAAGAUAUUUAGAAGGAUCAAUACCGGAACUGCUUUUUAUAAAGCUUCUUCUUGCUCAUUCCCCUUCUCUCCAGAAGUUUACCAUUAAACCAAGUAGAGCUUCUAAUGUUCAAAAAAGACUUGAAAUUGCGAUGAAAAUUAUGCAGUUCCCUCGAGCCUCAACAAAAGCAAAAAUGUUCUACUUUGGAUCACUAUAUUACCCCUUUAUGCAACAUGCUAAUUUGAGUAUUGCAAAAGGAUAA